GCAUAGUUACAGCUACCAAAACAUUACAUUAUUCAGGCAUAUUCUUAGAACUUUCUAUAUUAACUGAUAAUGACAAUAUCAUGGGAUAUGAUAUUGAGCUACAACAAUGUUUGGUUUAGGACGUUUGGACGUAGGCCCUAUGGUCUCGGCGGAUAUUGGGUUGCAACAUGUUCACAUUUCUUUGAAAGAAUUAUGAAAUCGGAACUGAGGAUUUUUAAUGUUUCAGUAUCACCAAUUAUUCACAUGUUUAAUGUGUAGUGACAGAGCAUGACAAGCAUAGAAGAGUUCUUCAUUUAGUUUUAUAGUCUUGUUUGGAAGCUAAAUUUCUUUGAGUAUUUGACCGCGAGAACCACAUUUGAGACAGACGCCAUCAUGAGACCAACGAGAAGAAAUUCCUUCACUUCAAGUCUUGAUGUGAACUCCCUUUCCACCGAUGUGUACACUUUGGAGAAGACCGGGCGGGAGGUUGCCCGAAGCCGGUGGAUCACCGUCGAACCGCUUUUGAUACUCUCCAACAUGGCAAGCGCUGGCCUUCUGGUCACGAGGUUGCAAUACCUGCGCGUCCGCAUCGCGCAAGACAAAUUCAACCAAUCAGCGGACUCUGGCGCGAACGAGUCAUCAGAAUGCGACGCAGCCAUCAGAAAUAGCAGUAGUAUCGAUCUACAGCAGGCGAUUCAAGUCCAGCUAUCACUUUAUUCUUUAAUCUUGAACGCUCUGGGCACAUUUCCCGCCAUUUUCUCGACGAUACUCAUUGGAUCGCUGAGUGAUCGAAUCGGUCGGAGAGUCGGCCUUGUUGUUCCGAUCGUUGGUUUGGUGAUCCAAUGCGCGUUGUAUGUUGCUAUAUUCUACGCGCAUCUGCCGAUAUGGGUGUGCUUUGUCGCUGAUACGCUACAGGGAAUUGCAGGUGGUUAUGGGCUUCUGCUCAGUACAGCCUCCGCAUACAUCGCUGAUGUCAGCACUGUGGAACAGCGAACGUGGCGACUCGUCAUCGUGGAGGCGGCGCUUGUUCUCGGCUCCGGGCUGAUUCAACCAAUCAACGGCUUUAUCAUAGACUACUUUGGAAUGGGCGUGGCGUUCUGGACUUCGCUGGGCGUGUCGUUGCCAGGGUUAUUGUAUGCCGCAUGUCCCUUAACCACACCGGAAACUGUAUUGGAAGAAGCAGAGGAAACCUUGUCAGAGUACAUCAAAGAUAUCUUUCGAGGGAUUUAUCGCCUGCUCUCAAUCAACGUGAACGGAAGACGAUGGAAGAUAAUCGUUCUCUAUAUCGCCGAACUUUUCUUAAAUACUGUUAUCAAUGGACUUCAAAUCAUACCCACCUACGGGCUAGGUCCACCAUUCUGCUGGGGACCGCGUAUUUUGGGCUACUUUACCGCCGCCGUGGCUAUAUUACCCGUCAUUGGUGUAACGGCAGCAGUGAAAGUAUUUGCAUACUGUAUGAAUGACCUCUGGAUGAUUCAUUGUGGGACACUCGCUAUGGCAGUAGCCUGCAUAGUCACGGGUGUGGCGCCCUCUACGUUGUACUUAUUCAUAGCACUCGCCCCGUACAGCAUUGGAUGUCUAAUAUCACCCGUUCUUAAAGGUGUUCUUUCGAAACUCGUUGAUGAACACGAACAGGGUUCAGUCUUUGCCCUUGCUGGAUGCAUGGUGAAUAUUUCUCAGUUCGUUGGACCGGUUUUAGCAAACGCCCUCUACGCUUCAACUGUGUCAUUCUAUUCACCUCUUGUGUUUUAUGUUUUAGCUGGAUUGUUGACGAUUCCAACAAUUCUGAACGGGAUUGUUCAGAGAUACGGGACAGAAACUCAUAUUGGAUACACACGCAUACCAGAUGACCACGACUGAUCAUCGGAUCGCAGCACCAUCAUUUCGUUUGAUCGACUGAUGUUAUUUUGGAUGGUAUCACCCCGAUUCUAUGGGUUUUUUUCUGUUAUUGUAAAUCCCGUAGGAACUCGGCAGGACAGCUUUUAGCUGGUGUGAUGUGAUCAGGAUAUAUGAUUACAGUCAAAAAGCACCUCCAUUAAUUUGCUUCAUGAAGUAUCAAGUAAUUAUACUUAUUAUAAGGCUGAUAGUGACAGUUUCUGCGUACUUCAUGGCGGAAUAAUAGUAGUUGCUUUAAAUCCUGGGCAUUUAUAACAAAAUCGCGACUUGGGCGUAAUUCGGUACUUAUGUUGUUCCAAGUGAUCAUCCACCUAUUUACAAGUUUAAAGAAUAUAACAAGUGCUGUAUGGGUGAGGAAUACAUGGUGCAUUUCACCCAAAAUACGUGUAUUGAUUAUUUUCUACAGCAUACUGCAUAACCAUAAUAUUAAGAGAAUGAAGCGAUUUGAGCCCGGCAGUAGAGUUUAUUAUUAGAGAUAUCAAAUUCAAUCAUUUUAUUGCAAUUGGGCCGAUCCCCCAGAAGGGGAUUGAUUUGAAUCAAUAGGGAAAAAAUCGAACAAGCAGAACGUUGAAAUCUUCAUAAAAAUCCGAUGUAAAAUAAGAAAGCUAUGACAUUUAUAUUAUAUUGGAUGAGUGGCUCAGAAUGGAAUACCAGAAAUAUUCAAAGAGUUUGGGAAAAUAUUCCACGAUGGUCUCAUACUCAAUGGUACAUUUUGUACACGAGCUUAUGGGAUAUUCGUCGGAUUUCGGUCAUUUUUAGGGAUACGCUCUGAUACUGCAUAGGCAAUUGAUACAGACCAAAAUACGCGUUUUUAAUGUAUGGCUAAAACGCUCUAUAUAGAUGAUAAUCAUGAUAAUUAAAGAAUAUUGCUUAUUUUUCACAAUACAGUUACAAUAUGCGCAACUCAGUGAUAUCCAAAUGAGAGUCAAUUAUGUCACUUUCUCACUUUUAUUUUGUAUUGUUUGAAUUACAGAACAUUUCAUUUUUUACAGAUUGAAUCAAAAAAAUGUAAAAAAAAAUUGCCUUUCUGCAUGUGCAUGUGGGGGGUUAAAUUAAAAUAUUUCAUGUAAUAGAAUACAUAAGAAAGGGUGAGUGAAAUCACCUCAUUUGCAUAUUGACGAGGAUGUGCAUAUAACUAUUUUGUGAAAUUAAGCAAAAUGUCAAAACUUUCUUAUUUUACUUCCGAUUUUGACGACAUUUUCAGUGUUACGCUUGUUUGAUUUUUCUCUUUUUAUUCCAAUCAACUUUUUGUUGGGGUGGACUUCGGAGUGGCAUCAUCACUGUAUGAAAUGUUAGUUAUCAUUUUUCAUGUCUUCCUUUAACUUUCUUUUAUACUCACCAGACCCUCAUCCAUAUACUCAUUGGCACACACACACACACCCACACUCACACACAUAUUGUACCAUACUAUAUUGCCCAACCAGACACCCACACAUACCUUGUACCACACUGUUGGCACACACACACCCUCUCACACACAUAUUGUACCACACUGCAAUUGCCCAACCAGACACCCACACCCACACAUAUUGUACCACACUGUUGCCCAACCAGACACCCACACAUACAUUGUACCACACUGUUGGCACACACACAUUGUACCACACUGUUGCCCAACCAGAUAAACACCCACACCCAUAUACAUUGUACCACACUGUUGCCCAACCAGACACACACAUACCCACACAUAUUGUACCACACUGUUGCCCAACCAGACACCCACACAUAUUGUACCACACUGUUGCCCAACCAGACACCCACACACACAUAAUAUACCAUACUAUUGCCCAACCAGACACACACACCCACACAUAUUGUACCACACCGUUGCCCAACCAGACACACACACACCCACACAUAUUGUACCACACUGUUGCCCAACCAGACACCCACAGCCACAUAUUGUACCAUACUAUUGCCAAACCAGACACACAGUCACACCCUCCCUCACCCGCACCCAUUGUUGCCCAAAGAGGCGCACACGGCACCAACUCAUAUAAUAACUGCACUGUCACCUUAACAGGCACACAGACACACCAACUCAUUGUAAACCACAAUUACCCAAAAGAGGCACACACAACCCCACACAUGUUGUACUUCAAACAGGCUAUGACACGCACCCAAUGAUAUUGUACCCCACUCUCCCCCAAACCCAAACAAGUUCGCACAACCUCAUUCAUUUUUACCCGACACUGUCACCCAUUCACCUUCUCCUCAACGGGACAACACUCACUUUCACCCAAAUAAGCACACACACCCACACAUGUAUUGCACUGUCGCACAAACAUACCGCACUCUCCCUUUACACAACAUUCCUCAUUUCAGAAUGAAACUGUUGCUUUUAAGGGCAUUUUGGGUUAUCAAAAUAAACCUUCCAGCCACAGAAUUAAAUUGUAUUUUUCUUUUUCCUCCCUCUACCCACCCCCUCCCCCUCUCUCUGUCACUCCGUUUCUGUCUCUAUCCCUCUAUCUCUAUCUCUCUUUCACCCCUCCCAUAAGUCAGAAGAAAUGCAUACAAUUAUUUUACUUGUAAACAAUUUGCAAUCUACAAGUAUUUAUUCAGUACUGCUACAUGACAGAAACAUAAUGAAGUGUAGAGCGAAAUUGAAAUGAAAUUUGAAGUAACAGUGCUCAAUUAACUACAAUUAAAAUGGUUUUCUUAAUGCUCCAAUCACUGUAAAAACUGUGGUGUUAAAACUGACACCAGUGGGUGUUAAUAGAGGACCACACCCUCUGGUGUUAAAAUUACACCCUAGAGAUUGAAUAUAACACCAGAGUGUACAUGUAACAACCAAAGGUGUUGCAAUAACACCUAUAGGUGCUAAACUAACACUGUCAAUUUAACACCAGUGUAAAAUAACUGGUGUGGUCCUCUAUGUACACCGGUUAACACCGCAGUUUUUGCUGUGAGCAUUAUUCAAAUUAUCUUGUGAUCAAUAAAAAUCAACACAUGUCUAUGAUUUAAACAGCGCAAUAAAACUCGACAAAUUAAAAUGGUAUUAAUUUUAUAAUGUAGAAUUAAAAAUAGAUAUAUGGUGCUAAUGGUUUUGUGUGUGCAAAGGUUUAAAAAUGGCAAAUUGAAUAUACUCUGAAUACAAUGAUUAUUAACAAAUCUACUUGUCAUGAUGCUUGUUAUAUAUCUAUAUAAAGUGGCUGCCACCCCUAGUAUGGCAAGCCAUGUUCUCACUUAAUCAUAUUCUUUUAUAUCAAGCUUUCCAUACAUGAUAUUAAUAAUGGCCUUUUGUCAACAAGAUAUCAAUAUAUUGAAUGCUUUAUAUCAUACAAUAAUUUCUUGUUGCUAACAAAAGGCAGAUUCUUGAUAAAUAGAAAUAUGAUUACUUGAGCAAACAACUUGUCAAAGGUAUGUCGGGAUAAGCUGGCUGAAACUUCGAAGUGUAACAGCACUUUAAUGUUUGGAUGUGAAUUAACCUUCUAAAAGGAUUUUCAAAUAUAGAAUUUCAGCCAAAUUUCAGUAUGAAAAUAAAUUUUGUAUGAAAUACUGACCUGCCUUCUAUCAUGGGUC